CAUUGUGAAGAGCAGGCAUACAAACAAAUUUACACACACAAAAAACUAAAAACCUAGUUUAUAAACAAUCAUCAUCACAAUGUCUGGUGUAUGGAUGUUCAACAAGAACGGAGUGAUGAGGCUGGUUGAGAAUCCUUACAACCAAUCCUCCGGAGAUUCGUCGGACUCUACCUCCUCCGGUGGUAGCCAGCAGCAAAGGAUGAGGAGGAAGAUCCUUGUCCAUCUUCCGACCAGCGAGGUUGUCUCUUCGUACGGAUCUCUUGAGAGGAUCUUGAAGGGUCUUGGAUGGGAGAGGUACUACUAUGGAGACAACGCCGAUCAUCUCCUCCAGUUCCACAAGAAAACAUCCAUCGAUCUCAUCUCUCUCCCACGAGACUUCUCAAAGUUUAACUCUAUUCAUAUGUAUGAUAUCGUCGUCAAGAACCCUAACGUCUUCCAUGUCCGAGACAUGUAGUAGCCGAUCAUCAAAACUGAACUGGGUCAGUUUGAGUCUUGAUACUCUCCAAUCAUUCUCGCUGAUAUAUCUAUAUAUCAUGUAUAAAUUUGUUCGUGGUUUGUUUUAUUUUGUAUGUGUUUUGUGUUAGGUCAAUUUAUAGUGGUCUCAAGCUAGAGCCCUUCUAAUGACUUGUAUCAUUUUAUGAUUUUUAUGUAUUUGAGUGGUUGAUUUCAAAGUUGACUGUUAUAUAA